AUGCUGGGGAAAACCAAGUCUCUCCCCGAGGCCAACGAUGAAAAACUGGAAGAGGCCAUAGCAACCGCUGUCGAGAAUGUGGCCUCGGAGUCCAAUUCAGUAGUGCCACGGACUGGAGAGGCAGCGAAUGAGCUGACUCUGCGAAAGGUUCUGCGCCAUCAUCCAGCACUGGUAUGGUGGUCCUUCUACUGGGCUAUGGCUGGUGUGGCAUGGGGAUUUGAUGCGCAGAUCAACGGAAGCGUUUUAUCAAUACCAUCGUUUCGUGUUGCUUUUGGAUAUGAGCAUAACGGCGAGGUGAUCUUACCAGCUCGAUGGCAAACCGCCUUCAACACUGUCAGCAGCGUCGGCCAAUUCUUCAGUUGCUUCCUUUGCUCAAUGCUGAGUGAUCGCAUCGGGCGCAAGGGAGGUCUCCUGGUGGGCCUGGUCUUGUUGACGGGAGGUAUUCUCGGUGAAAUGUUUACUUCUGUGCCCGGGGGUUUCGUGGCUGUGAAACUCAUUCUAGGCUUUGGUCUGGGCUUCUUGUUGACUCUCGGCCCUCUGGCAACAUCGGAGAUCACGCCCGUGGUUUUGCGUGGAGUGGCGACAGCUGGGGUGAAUCUGGGCAUCGCUAUCGGUCAGCUGGUAUCGAACGGCGUCAUCAAAGGCUUUGGCUCCCGCACCGACAAUUGGGCAUUCCGCGGUCCGUUUGCCGUGCAGCUCUUUUUCGUGAUAUUUCUGCUCGCUGGUCUCCCUUUCGCCCCAGAGACUCCUUGGUAUCUGGCUCGCAAGGGCCGACAAGAAGACGCGGCACGAUCCUUGCAACGCCUGUAUGGACCCAAUUUUGACGUGCAGGGUAUACUCGACAAUAUCCAACAAACAAUCAACGAGGAGCGUGAAACCUCGCCUGAACAUGAGACAUCAUGGGCUCAAUGUUUCCGCGGCACUGAUCUCAAACGUACCAUGAUUAGUAUGGGAGUCUUCGUGUGCCAGCACUUUGCGGGAAUCAUCUUCGUCCUCGGCUAUUCGACCUAUUUCUUUGAACUCGCUGGACUACCAAACUCCCAGAGUUUCAGUCUGGGCGUCGGUGUGACCGCCUGCGGUGUGCUGGGCAACAUACUCAGUUGGUUUAUCGUCAAUUCACUGGGCCGGCGCAAGAUCUUCCUCACUGGCAUGGUCUCCUUAUUUUUGAUUCUCAUGCUAAUUGGCAUCAUGGACGUUGUGCCAACCUCUGCGGCGCAAUGGGUCCAGGCUGCGGUUACAGUCAUCUACAGCUUUGUCUAUUUCGGAACUAUCGGAGCCAUGGCCUUCACUAUUCUUGGUGAGACCAGCAGUGCUGCGCUACGUGCUCGAACUACUGGCCUUGCUACUGCUACUCAGGCUGUCAUGGGAAUUAUCAUGAAUUUUGCCUGUCCAUACAUGGUCAAUCCUGACGAAGGCAAUCUCAAGGGUAAAGUAGGGUUCGUCUUUGGUGGCCUUUGCGCUCUUGCGACCGUUUGGAGUUUCUUCUAUAUCCCCGAGCUUAAAGGGCGAACCACGGAUGAGAUUGAUCGAUUGUUUGCUCUUCGCAUUAAGCCUCGGAAAAUGGGUGCAUACAGACUCCAUUAG